AUGGCUUUGAGAAUCGAACCUGCUACGGUUGAGGAUAUCCCCGAAAUUACUGAGCUAUGGUUUACCGUAUUCAAUGACCCAGUGAUGAGCCACAUGAUGCCCGACACCCUCGCGGUCCGCCAAUGGUUCAGUGACACCAACACGACCGACAUGCACACCAAGCCCUACCAAAAAUACCUGAAAGUGAUCGAUCCCAGCAGGACGGAAGCAGGCCGUCCUCGGAUAGCCGCUUAUGCAAAAUGGGAUCUCAGCAUGGCCAGCGAGCGCGGGCCUCGCUUUGCGCCUUGGCAUCCUGAGCAACCUGGUCCCGAUUGCGACGCUUUCUUCGGGGCUAUGGAGGAGAAGCGCCAACGGCUCUACGGGGACCGUAAGAACUUCUAUUUGGACAUGCUCGCUACGCGUCCGGAGUACCGCCGUCGCGGGGCAGGCUCUAUGCUUAUCCGGUGGGGGUGCGAAGUGGCGGACCGUGAGGGCGCGGGGAUUUAUAUCGAUGCCAGCAAGGCUGGGGCUCCGCUCUAUGCAAAGCAUGGCUUUGUGGACCAUAGUGAUCCUGCGGUGGAGAGUGAGAUUGCCUCGAUGAUGAGGAAUUGA